GCCUUAUCGCAUACAUAGUAAGAGGCUAAGAGCAAUUGCCCGCUUACCGUAGCUUUAGCUUCAAACUUUCCCCUACUCAAUACCUUUGUAAAACUAAAACAAUGAUUUGGUCUCUAGCUCAACCUUCCCUCUACUGUUUCUCCCAAUUUUCUUCGUCCAAAACCUUAACCAAUCAAACUCAUACCUUUCUUAUUAACACCCCAAACCCACUUUCAAGGUUUGGUAGUCUCAAGUCAAAGCCAAGAUUCGGUCCAACUUGCUUUUUCAAUGCCGGAAAAGACUCCAAGCCACCAAAUAUUCAAGCCAAUGAAACUAAAUUGGACUGGCCAGUGCUUAAGCGAUGGGACGUGCCAUGGGGAUGGCAGACAGCUUCGCUAACCUCGCUUGCUUGUGGAUUAAGUUUUGUUUUGACAGGAUUGGUAGAGACAGCUGCUAUACCUUAUUUAGGAGUUAAAAUUGAAGAACUAAGUUUGGAUGAGAAGGCAGAGAUACUGUUUUUGGAUCAAGGCAUUACAACUGCAGUUGUGAUUGCAGUUCUAUAUGGCAUUUCAAACUCUUUUAAACCGCUUCCUGAAGAUUUCUUCCAAUAUGAUUUGAGGGAGCCUUUCAAUCUACAGAAAGGAUGGCUUUUAUGGGCAGGGAUUGGUCUUGGCGGAGCCAUUUUAGCUAUUGCUUUAACAGGAGCUGCCAUGUCCUUGUUUAAUGGUGAGAACCCCCCACAACGAGAGACGGAUGCCCUUGUUCAGUUGCUUCCAUUGAUUGGAUCUUCAAGUAUUAGUACUGCUUGCUUGCUGGGCAUAACAGGUGUCUUGGCACCCCUUCUUGAGGAGAAUGUCUUUCGAGGGUUUUUUAUGGUGUCCCUGACUAAGUGGGUUCCUACACCAAUUGCCGUUAUCAUCAGUGCUGCUGUCUUUGCAUUUGCACAUCUCACUCCUGGAGAGUUUCCCCAGCUGUUUGUGCUAGAAACUAAAGGAACUUCUAGCAUUUCUGUAGGGACUGCUUUGGGAUUUUCAUAUGCUCAAACUCGCAACCUCCUAACCCCCAUCACAAUCCAUGCUUUCUGGAACUCGGGAGUAAUUUUACUUCUUACCUUUCUUCAGCUUCAAGGAUAUGAUCUCAAGGAAUUGUUGCAGGCAGCCUCAUAGUGCCAAAUUUCUUCAUUUUGCAAUAGUAUGGAGCUUCAAAUAUAUGCGCUUUUUUUUUUCAAGUAAUAGUCCCAGUGUAUCCUUUUUUCUUUUUUCUAAUCUCAGUAAUACAUUUUAGAGAUUCAUACAAAAAGUAGAGAAAACAAAAUGCUUAAAUAUGUCAAUAUGUAACAUUAAUUAUUGAAUUCUUGGAAUGAAAGUAAAGGGAGAAAGAAGAUGGGUUCUUUGGCAGAA